AUGUUAGAAAGUGAUAAAAAUCCUGGAACCCAGCUCCAUGGAACUCUGGAUAAUAUUCCAGUUAAAGAACCCUCGGCGCCCCCUCUGGCCUAUCUGGUCCUAGCAGGCUGUGAACCCCUGACCUUCACCAACAUCUUCCCUUACUGGGAGAAGGACACCAGUAUCACAAAGGCCGAGAACUCCAAGAACAAGGUGACCUUGGUGAAGGAGGCGCUGUCCAAGCUCAGUAAGCAGCAGUACUCCAUCGAGGAGCUGACCGGGAAGCCACUGCCGGAGGGAGUGGACCCUCUACGUCUGGAGGAUUACCUGUCUGACCAGGACUUUAAGUCACUUCUUGAGAUGAGCCGAGUUGAGUUCAACGCCCUGCCAAACUGGAAGCAAAAGAAUCUGAAGAAAAGCAAGAAUCUGUUUUAAAAACACAUCAUUCGGUUUCUUUUUUGUUUUGUUUUUAUCAUUCUCAGCAGCUCGUUUGUGUUUUGUUUUUAUUCCAUCAAAAAAAUAAAAUCAUGGUGUCAUUUUGUAGAAGACUGAGAAAGGCAAAUGUACAAUUUUGUUUAUAUAUUGACUUAUUUUUAAUACCAGUGCCAUUUUUUUUAUGUUUCCAUGUGUCACUAAAAUACUUUAGCCAACAAUUAUGUGCAAUUGUUAAUCUUUUUGAUGGAAAGAUUUUUUUUCUUGUAUGGAAAAAACAGUUACCGUCACAUUUUAAAUAUGUAAAAUACCAUAAAUGAACGUGUCUUUGUGUGUUUUUACUCCAGACAUGAAAUCUUGUGUGAGAAUGUGUAAAAAGAUACACCUUUGGUUUUCAAGCUUCAAGUUUUUCUUCUUUCUUUUACAUUUCAUAUAAGUCAGCUCUGAGCAAAGGGAAUAAAUUGUUCGGUCCCCACUUUGAAGUUGUCAAAGAAUAGAAGAAAAUCAAAAGAAACUGAAGUGCAGUGUACAAUCCCUGUAAUCUGAGGUUGUUUGGUGACAUCAAACUGAGACUAUAGACUCUGUUUUCGCUGAAAUAUGUUCACAUUAUAUCUUUUUAAUUGAUGUUUUAUCAGAAAGGCAUCAUUGAAACGUAUCCAUAUGCCUUUAUUUAGUUUUUUCCUUGUUUUCGGUACUGAAUACUUCCUGGUUCUCAUACAGUAUAUAGUGACUUGUGUGCCAGUGAUGGCAGCCGUCUGGUUGUUUGGGACCAAAUCUGAUCUGUUUGUCUCGUCAUCAAUGUUUUUCCGUUUGUUUUUGUGAAUCUGUGUGGGUAUGUUUGAGUAAAUGUGAAGCUUUAAAAGUA